AUGUCCUCCCCCACGGGGGGCUUCUACCGGCAGGACGUGGCCAAGACGCGCUGGGAGGUCCGCGAGCGCUACCGCGACCUGCAGCCCGUGGGCUCCGGCGCCUACGGGGCCGUGUGCUCGGCCGUGGAUGGCAGGAGCGGCGCCCGGGUGGCCAUCAAGAAGCUCUACCGCCCGUUCCAGUCGGAGCUCUUCGCCAAGCGGGCCUACCGCGAGCUGCGCCUGCUCAAGCACAUGCGCCACGAGAACGUCAUUGGAAUACUGGACGUAUUCACACCAGAUGUAACCCUGGAGAAAUUCAAUGACUUCUACCUAGUCAUGCCGUUUAUGGGAACAGACCUGAGUAAGAUAAUGAAGCAUGAGAAGCUUACUGAAGACCGAAUCCAGUUCCUGGUGUAUCAGAUGUUAAAAGGCCUAAAGUAUAUUCACUCGUCAGGCAUAAUUCACAGGGAUCUGAAACCUGGAAACCUGGCAGUAAAUGAAGACUGUGAAUUGAAGAUUCUGGAUUUUGGGCUGGCCAGGCACACGGACAGUGAGAUGACAGGUUACGUGGUGACAAGGUGGUACCGAGCCCCCGAGGUCAUACUCAACUGGAUGCAUUACACACAAACAGUGGACAUCUGGUCUGUGGGCUGUAUAAUGGCUGAGAUGAUAACUGGGAGGCCUCUGUUCAAAGGAAACGAUCAUCUGGACCAACUCACUGAAAUAAUGAAAAUCACAGGCACACCAACUCAGGAGUUUGUUCAAAAGCUGCAGAGUCAAGAUGCAAAAAACUAUAUCAAGAGCCUCCCAAAGGUUCAGAAGAAGGAUUUUGCAUCCAUCUUGAAGUACGCGAAUCCUUUGGCUGUAAACCUCUUGGAGAAGAUGCUAGUGCUGGAUGCAGAGAAGAGAGUCACGGCAGCUGAGGCUUUGCUGCAUCCUUACUUUGAGCCCAUUCAUGAUCUUGAGGAAGAAAUCGAAGCCGAGAAAUACGAUGACACGUUUGAUAACAUGGAUCUUCCACUGGAUGAAUGGAAGCGUAUCACAUAUAAGGAGAUACUGAACUUCAAGCCACCACAAACCUCAGAGUCAAAGGAGACAGCGGUGUAAUGGUCUGGCUUGAUCCUCUCAGAAGAAAAGUUGUAAAUGUUUGUGAUAUUUCAGGUGUAUAAAACUUUUAUAGAUAAACUGGAUGUAAUCUAUUUGAUCUGCACUGUUAGAAAGCAAGGUCCGUUACUCUGCUUGUGAAAGCUGAUGCCAUUGGGAAUAGCAUUGCAAACCUAUCCAGAAACUUACUUCUACCCACAUCUCCCUUCCACAUGAAAGAGUUCAGACUGGGAUAACACAGCAUCCUCUUCAAAAGAGCAGGUGGAAGGACAUCUUCAAGUCAGAGGCCGGGAGAGUGCCUGUUACCAUGCUGAACAAGCUGAGACAAGACUUUAUCACUGACACACAGAGAGUACACUCCAAGGCCAGUGACCUGUCUUCAACACUGGAAGCGUUAGCACAAGUUCCUCUGGGCUAUUCCACCUUGAUGAGGUGCCUGGAGAGGCUCAGGAGCCUCUUUUAGCUCAGCUAGUGCAGUGGUAGUGGAGCUACAGCCUGAAUGAAUAUUUCCCUUGUCCAACAUGAGCGGAGGUCUAAGCUCCAGCCAAGUCUGGCAGAUUUUGCACGAGGCAUGAGCAGAGAAGUGUCAGUGUCCCAGAUUUUUGCAAAGUAACCAGUGUAGUAGGACAAGAUUUCCCAAAUGUGCAAAGUGAACUGUAUCGAGAUAUACAGUCACUUUCAGGGGGUAGAGUAUUUUAACCUGAAUAUAGUGCAGUUUCUUUUAAUAGACCAGGGGUCAAGGAUUUCCAGGGAGAAACUAUACAGUUUUCUAAAAUUUAGUAAUUUUCUAGCA